UUCUCAACCCCAUAGCCAAGAUGUGUGGCGGCUGGGCCUGUGCCUCGUACAAUCUGGCAUGCAACAAUCCUCCUCUGUCUACUCUGCGCUUCACCGGCAGAGACUUUGUGCCGACACCUUGCGGACCCUGCGACAAGUGUUGGGUGCGUGACACCAGUCGCCAGAACUCCAACAACUGCUAUGUGCCACACAACAUAGCGCCACCCUGCCCACCAGAAAAUGGAGGACCGGCCGGAACAUCUAAAGUUUCCGAAUGCAACUGAUGGACUCAAGACAAAAUAGAUUUACAUAUUCAUAGCUUCAUUAUGAACAAAUAAAAUUCAGAGUACUAUUUAAA